AAGGUGUGGUGUGUAAAAGGCCGUAAACAAGGACCGACAAGCAGAACUUGUCAGUCAGGUAUGCUCUUGAGAAACGGUCACUGACAUGUUGACGCACAGGUAUAAUCAUGCAAAUGUGGUAGUUGAGUAGAUGGAGGAACCUUCAACAGAAAUGCGCCGAAUCAGGCCCAAGCCAGAAAAUCAGGAGGAGGGCUUACAAAAAGGCGUUGCCCAGAGCUCACUUUUUACGGAAACAGCACUUUGAGACGGCGCAGACAGAGCAGGGGACGACGUUCAUCCACCACCUCUUGAUAGCCUUGCAACCAGCGUAGCGAACUUCCAGUAAAUCAAAAUGCCAAAGGAAAAGAUCCACAUCAACAUCGUGGUCAUCGGCCACGUCGACUCCGGCAAGUCCACCUCUACCGGCCACUUGAUCUACAAGUGUGGAGGAAUCGACAAGAGAACCAUCGAGAAGUUCGAGAAGGAAGCUCAGGAGAUGGGCAAGGGCUCCUUCAAGUACGCCUGGGUGCUGGACAAACUGAAGGCCGAGCGUGAGCGUGGUAUCACCAUCGACAUCGCUCUGUGGAAGUUUGAGACCACCAAGUACUACGUGACCAUCAUUGAUGCCCCUGGACACAGGGACUUCAUCAAGAACAUGAUCACUGGUACCUCUCAGGCUGACUGCGGCGUGCUGAUUGUUGCUGCUGGUGUUGGUGAGUUUGAAGCCGGUAUCUCCAAGAACGGUCAGACCCGUGAGCACGCCCUGCUUGCCUUCACCCUCGGUGUGAAGCAGCUCAUUGUUGGAGUCAACAAGAUGGACUCCACCGAGCCCCCUUACAACCAGGGCCGUUUCGAGGAAAUCCAAAAGGAAGUGAGCACCUACAUCAAGAAAGUAGGCUACAACCCUACCGCUGUUGCCUUCGUCCCCAUCUCUGGAUGGCAUGGAGACAACAUGCUGGAGAAAAGUGAAAAUAUGUCCUGGUUCAAGGGAUGGGCGGUUGAGCGCAAGGAGGGCAAUGCCGCAGGAACCACUCUGCUGGAGGCUCUCGAUGCCAUCCUGCCCCCUAAACGCCCAACAGACAAGCCCCUGCGUCUGCCCCUGCAGGACGUCUACAAAAUUGGCGGCAUUGGAACUGUCCCUGUCGGCCGUGUUGAGACCGGUAUCCUGAAGCCUGGCACGAUCGUCACUUUUGCUCCCGCCAACCUGACCACUGAGGUGAAGUCUGUGGAGAUGCACCACGAGGCCCUUACUGAGGCUCUGCCCGGUGACAACGUGGGCUUCAAUAUCAAGAACGUGUCCGUCAAGGAAAUCCGCCGUGGAAACGUGGCCGGUGACAGCAAGAACGACCCUCCCAUGGCUGCAGCUUCCUUCCUCGCCCAGGUCAUCGUCCUGAACCACCCCGGAGAGAUCCAUGCAGGUUACGCUCCUGUGCUCGACUGCCACACUGCUCACAUCGCCUGCAAGUUCGCCGAGCUCAAGGAGAAGGUGGACCGGCGUUCUGGCAAGACGCUUGAGCAAAACCCCAAAUUUGUGAAAUCUGGAGAUGCUGCCAUUGUUAAUUUGGAACCAAACAAACCCAUGGUCGUUGAGCCCUACUCUCAGUAUGCCCCAUUAGGUCGCUUUGCUGUGCGUGACAUGAGGCAGACAGUGGCUGUCGGUGUCAUCAAGUCUGUCGUGAAGAAGGAACCUGGUGCUGGAAAGACAACCAAGGCUGCACAGAAGGCUGAAAAGAAGAAAUGAAUUUUCAUGCAGGAUGUCAAACAAGAAGUGGUGCAUCAACAGCAGCAGGUUGCCUCAUCCUCUUUCCCCCUCCGCCAUCCAGCGCUGUCUUCUCUGAAGCAGAGCUAUCUACUCAAGGACUGGCUUAUGCUGAUUAAAACCCAUCGGAAGAGUUUCCGCAGGAAAGGAAGGCUCAUGUCAUCUAGGGGAAACUAUGAUCAUAAUUAACAUCAAACGAAAACAAUAAAAACCUUAAACAUUGCUAAAUCAA